AUGGCGACCCAGUACCCUUCAGGCCCAGUCUUCUCCCCGUUGCCCUCCUUCUCUUCACCGCCAUCACCGUCCUCACCGUCCUCGCCCUCACCGUCAGCGACGUCCUCGAGCGGUGAUGGCUCGACACGCACAAACACCACCACGGUCAUGUUCAGCUUCAUCAUCGUCUUCCUGGGCACCUUUGGCGCGUUAAUGAUCGGCGGCGCCUCGUGGUAUCGCUGGAAGGCGCAGCGACGCCUGCGUGGGCGACUGGAGCUGGAGAGCAGCCGCGCAGAGGCCUACAGGCCCAAGCCGGAGCUUUGGGAGGUCGCGAUAACGGGCGCGCCACCGACUUCUGCCGUGGGGCAUCAACAUUCACCAUGGGAGUCCUUACAUCCAUUGGCAGUCUCACUCGACGUCGAGGCGUGCGAACUUACCCGCUCGGACACUCUCCGGACACCCACCGCCGAGAGUCUCUUCAGCGCCACAGGAAACUUCAUUCUCCCAUCGCGGCCUCUCUGGUACUUAUCUCCGCACGCGAAAGAGCGGCCGAGCAUGUCCUUCUCUUAUCCCGUGCAGCGUGCACAGGUCGCCGUGCUGAUAGCUAUGCCCUCCCGGUGUCUGCCCCGCACUGCUCCGCUUGGUGAUGCGGUGGGCGAGACCGCGGCUGCUCCGGCUGUCUUGGAGGCUCUGUCCGGGCUUGCAAUUGGGACUGCACAUGUCACAUAUAUGGAUGAUGAUGCAUCACUGUCAGUGGGCUGA